AAAGCAAGUUCCUUCGCAAAUCUUCUACAAGCUUCGCAAUCGUCUCUCUCUCUCGCUCUCUCGGAGAUUUCUCCAUCGGAAUCAACCUCCGUCGACGGCGGAAACCUCCGCAUCUCCGCCUCCUCCGGCGCCGCCUCACCGGGUCCGAUCUCUUCACAGGGAGGAUACGACACCAAUGCAGAUUCAAUUGAAGUGUGGUUGUGGGGAUGGAAGCUGCCCUGAGUGGGCCGUCGUCGAAUUGCAAGGCGUGGUUGAAGUUCAGCCUUCGUUCCAAGAUCAGCUGCAAAACCUUGAAAUUGGAAAGCUUUGUCGUCCUUCGUCGCAGGAAGUCUACACUUUUACUGUUGGCUAUCAUGAAUUAACGGGCUCAAAAGUGCCGCUGAAGAAACCAUUUCUGGUAUUGAAGAAAGUAAAACUUGUGGAUGCGGAGCAAAGCUCUAAUACUGAUUCAGCCGAUUCACCGAAGGUUGAGCUAGAAGUUGUUGGCAUUAUCAGGCAUCGGAUAUUGUUCAAGACCAGGCCAAAGGCCCUCAUUUCCCGACCAGAACCGGUUGUCAAGGAAAGAGCACGUGCAUCAGGUUCAGUUGCGUCAAACUAAUCUCAAUAAUAUGAGCAAGACUGUUGGAGGACCUGGAGUUGGUACUUUAUAGACGAGGACUUUCCAGACUAAUUAUGGCAUCAAAUCAAUCCUCCCAUUAGUUGCCUAAUCUGUUCUAUGCAGAAGUUACCUAAGUCUUCUGGAAUGUGGAAACUCUGAAACCCCUCGAGGUUUGACUGAAAUCUGCCCUAGUUCUACAGCAGGAGAAUAGUAGUUUGGUUGCCUUUCUACUUGUACUUGUGUUUAUGUAUGUGCUCUACUUAAGAUAUGAUCUAUGUAAGUUCUAGCUCUUCCAUGGUUGAAAUAACGAACUUUGGCACUUCUGGCUUCGUUGAAAGCUCUACUGGCCACUGAAUUCAUUUUGCUGGCUGAUAUAUUCUCGUUUUUCAUC